CGACAGGGAACCUCAUCCUAUUCCGGCCAAGUAGUUCUCAGAGGAAGCUGGCCGGAUGGACCCGGAAACAAGCACCACACAGCCAUCCAUUCGGUCCCUAAUUUCCGGCGCUAGACUACAUACACAUUCAAGCGCAUCCAUCUUAAUUAUGCUCUCAACCUCUCAAGUCGCGUGGCUAACUGACAUUGCCGUCGAUCUGUCUCCAUAUAUGCUCCAUCAGUUGAGCUUCAACUUGGCCGCAAACAGCUCAACAGAGCAAGUUGGGCGUUUUGGUGGCAGGGUCCAUGGCACAUCGGUGGUAGCACUGGAUCCCGCAAGGUACCAGUCACCUCUGAGGUCGCCCGGCACCCCGACCGGAGGGUCUAUCUUGAAGCCAGGGAGGCAAACUUGCUAUAAGAUGCACGGAGGCAAAUGGGAGCUGGUCGGUACAGUCCCGUCACGGUUAGCUAUCGGCACGGCAGAUUCCGGUCUCCAAUCUCGGUAUAGAUUACUUGAUAAGAAGGUGAAAGACUAAACUAACCUGGUCGGUACAGUCCCGUCACGGUUAGCUAUCGGCACGGCAGAUUCCGGUCUCCAA